AUGAAGAAAAAAAAAUGGUAUUGCCGGUUUGGUGUUUUAGGAUGUACAUGGAGAGAGACAAUAAGUACGUGUGUACUGGAAUCGGACUUUGGUUUCAUGCUUAACUGUGUCUUCAAAAAAUCAUCCCUCUUUCGAGUAAGAAAUCUUGGUGGUGUCAAAGGUUACGUCGGCCUCGGUUUUUCUGUCGGUGAUGAACUCGGAUUUCAAGAAUCAUUAUCCAAUUUGGAGAGCAGCAAGCGACGUAGUGUACAAGCCGAUGGAAGAAAUACUGUUGGUAUAGGAAGUGGGGUACAGCAGAGCUUAGCAAUGAAUGUCAACGAUCUUUCGUACGCUCAACCUUUGCCACACAUCGUUGCUGCUAUACCUCCAGCUGGAAGCAUUGUUAACAUGAACAAUAAAAUAGCAAGCGAUUCAAAACCUUUGACAAGUAAGAUGUCAGUUUCUAAUAGUGGGCUACCUUUCAUUGCGAUGCCUGAAUCAUCUGCACAAUUGACCGAUCGUAUUAGUCACAGUCCAGCUAUCAUACAAGAUUCUGAUAAUCAAUUAUCUAAGGACAAUUUUAUUCAGCUUCCAUUGCCAAAUGAUGAAAUGACGGCAUCAGUUAACGAAAUGACACUUCAGUCACUAAAUCCAGCAAACACAGCAGAAGCUGUUGAAUCAACAAAGCAACAGAAUGGAAAACGUCAAUCUCUACCGUCAUUAAAACCGAUUCAAGGAAUGGAAACAUCUCUGAAGGCUCUUGCAGAAGCUAGAACAACGAAAGUAAUGAACGCGCCCCGAGAAUAUUACCCGAUGAGUUAUGACAAAAAUUUCGACGACAAUUUCGCAAGCAGAGUUGAUUUACCGGAUACGAGUUUUUACUGUGGAGAUCAGAAGCAUUUUCCGGGGCUGUAUGCCGAUGAAGAUCUAGGCUGCAUGGUAUUCCAUGUAUGCGCGUUAACAGAUCAAGGUUUAAUAAUGAAAAGUUUUCUGUGUCCUGAAUCGACGCUCUUUGAUCAGACAAUUCUCAAAUGCAACUGGUGGUUCUAUGUCGACUGUAAAUCAUCAAAGAGUUUGUAUGACAGCAACAUUCCUAUC